AUGGAGUUCUUAAGUUACUUCUCUUAUUUUUCAAUUCUGCAAAUAUAUUGGGUAAUUCAAGGCCUCUUUUACAUUUUGUUAAUUUUAAAAUCUAUCAUAACGGAUAGAUACUGGAACAAGGCGCAGCACUUGUCCGGUGACGCAAAACCGGCUGCUUGCUGGCAGUUCAGAAAAAGAGUGUCAUUGUUUUACAUUGUGGGGAUCUUCACGACUUUUAUUGUCCUUUAUUCGAUCCUCAAGUCUUGUCUAGGAUGGCCUCGUUCCUGGAUGUGGUCACUGAUACAUGACGUCAUCAAACCAAGUCAACCGGAAACGGCGCAAGUAUUUUGCUGGGCUGCCUCAUAUACAUGUGCCAUCUGAUAUGUAGGUACCACCAGUGCGUCUUCAUUAGCGUUCAUUCCUGGAAGCAGGUUGUUGGGCCUGUUUGGAUUGCAGUCAUCUACGUUAACCAGGUGGCCUAUGCAGUGUCGCUGGUUGCCGAAGGGUCGAAAAUGGAUGAAACGAGUGAAUGUUUUAGCCUAAGUAAAUUGAAUGUUCGUCACUUGGUGGCCAUCAUUCUGUUUGCACUGGCUACCAAUGUCCAGUACAAGACGUUUGCAUAUCUUGCCUCACUAAGGAGAAACAAAGCAGGUCAUGUCGUCACCACAAACUACAAGCCACCGAACGCUGGAAUGUUCCAACAGUUGAAUCUUUCCUCUCCACACUACUUUGCAGAAAUCGUAAUUUAUUUUGCCGUCUUGGUCGCCAUGGGAACGAACUGCCUCACCUGGAUGACCGUGACGUAUUGUGUGGCGUGUCACAUGACCUACCUCGCUUACGUAACUCAUCAGUACUAUUUGGACACAUUUUCUAACGUUUACCCAAAACACAGAAAUAUAAUCAUUCCAUUUCUUUUUUAACUGAAUGAAUUGUGUUCUUUAAAAAAUUAAAAUUUAAUUUUCAUUUGGCCCUAGAAGUAGCUGCGAAACUUAUGAAAUGAUUUUUUAAGUGAUUUUUCCGUCUACGUUUGAUUGCAUUUUUAUUGUUUGCCAUAUAAAUAUGUUUGUUGUUGAUUCAUGGAAAAAACGCAUGGAGACAUUCGAAGUAAAAAAA